AGUUUAGCUGUGGGGCCGAGAGGGGCCGAACAUCCCCGAGUAUCUCCGAGUCUCUCCUCCUCCAGAUCCCCCCUCCUCCUCCAUCAGUCCCGGUGUUUCUGAGCGAAGGAUCAGUCUCUACUCUGCCGGAGGAUCAGGAGGAUCUACCGGAUCAUUCAGGGUGAGCCAUGCCGCUGGUGAAGCGGAUCAUUGAGCCCCGGUACCUGUGCCGCGGCGCUCUGCCUGAUGGGGUCGCCAGUGAGCUGGAGUGUGUAACGAACAGCACGCUGGCUGCUGUCAUCAAACAGCUGGGAGGACUAAGUCGUCAUGCCGAGGACAUCUUUGGCGAGCUGUUCACAGAGGCGAACAGUUUCUACCUCAGGAUGAGCAGUCUGCAGGAGAGAGUCGACCUGCUGGCUGUUAAGGUGACACAGCUCGACUCGACUGUGGAGGAAGUUUCUCUCCAGGACAUCAACAUGAGGAAGGCGUUUCGGAGUAGUACCAUCCAGGACCAGCAGGUGGUGUCUCGUAGCUCCAUCCUGAACCCGGUGUUGGAGAUGUACCACCGUUGUGACAAACCACCGCCCCUCAACAUCCUCACUCCUUACAGGGAUGACAAGAAGGAUGGCCUGAAGUUCUACACUGACCCGUCGUACUUCUUCAGUCUGUGGAAAGAAAAGAUGCUGCAGGCGACCGAGAACAAACGGAAAGAGAAGAGACGACACAAGGAGCAGAAGCAUGUGGAGGAGUCUUCUGGACGGGAGGUGAAGAAGGUCCGUAAAGCUCGUAACAGGCGUCAGGAGUGGAACCUGAUGGCAUAUGACAAGGAGCUCCGCCCAGAUGCUCGAGUCACACCUUCGCCUUACCACACCUCGGAUGGAUCGCUGUCACCUGACAGGUCAGGGAUAUCAGAUGAUCCUUCCCACUCCACCACUCCCCGUCAUCAUGACGCCCAGGGUCAUGAUAGGAAGGAUCACGCUGCCGUGGCAUCCAGUGGGAGUGGUCAGACUCAGUCUCUAGACCGUGCCCUCAGACCUGCCUCUGCGUCCUCAGGGGUCUCCGGGGCGACCACCCGGCAACAUUCACUGGGCCGCAACCAGCCGCAUCAUCACCACCACCCACCACACGCUGGCUCAACCAAUCAGAAUGGAGCACGGAGUAGUGCCGCCAAAGAGGCCAAUGACCAUCAGAUACCCCCUGCCCCGCCGCCGCCACCUCCUCUCAUGCCACCAGCAGGACAGAUGGCGUUCUCUAACACGUCCGCCCACCCAGCUGCCAUGACUACCCCCUUGCACCCUGCAGCAACCUCUGGUAACCAAGGUGGCUCUGCCCUCUCUCGCCCCUACAGCCCCUCCCCUCCCCCUCCUCCCCCAGCUAACUACGUCCCCUCCCCCUCCCGCCCUGGAUCCCAGCAGGCUGCCUCCGCUGCGAUGCCCCCAGUACCCCCGACGACCGACGGCAGGAAGCCCUCUGGAGGUCCAAACGUGCCAAUGAACGACGCCCGCAGUGACCUGCUGGCCGCCAUACGCCGAGGGAUCCAGCUCCGGAAGGUUCAGGAGCAGCGUGAGCAGGAGGAGGCCAAGAAGAGAGAGCCGACAGGAAAUGAUGUCGCCACCAUCCUGUCCAGACGCAUCGCUGUGGAAUACAGCGAAUCAGAGGAGGAGUCUGAACCCGAGGACCAGGAGUGGUCUGACUGAGUGGGGCUUCAUGAAGACGGGGGCCAAUUAGAACCCACAAACAGGAAGUGAAACACAGAUUUAAAAAGGUUUAAUGGAGGGGAAGGUGGUUAAAGAAAGACCGUCCCAGUUAAACCAGUGUGGAUCAGAUAUUUAUAAAUGUUAUUAGUGAAAUAUUUGAUUAUUCAGAGUAUUGUGGGUAAAUAUUCUCAUCAGUUUUAAUGUUUUUUUUAUUGUUUUAGAAUUAUUUUGUUUUAGUGCAGAGUGGGACAUCAAUAGAACAUCUCUGCUGAAAGAAUAUAACACCAUGAAAUAAAUCAAAUAAAGAUGUUUAAUAUAUUUAUCUAUUUCCUAUUUACAAAAAAAAUAACCAAAGGAAUAAAUGAUGAAAUUAUUCUGAUCAGAGUUCACUCCUGAAUCAUGAAAACAUAAACACCAAACAUCACGCUGUGAUCGGUACAAUGGUGGUUGUAGUAACCAUGGUAACGAGCUGAGACCUCGUUAACGCCCCCUUUACCAGUGCCAAAUCACAGAAGAUUCACUUUUUAGUUUAUUUUUCAUACUGUCAAAGAAUUUUAUUUGUAUUAUUUAUUUUAUUGUCUCUAUUAUUUUAUAUUUAAACAUGAGGACUGUGUUCUCUCUCAUCUCUGAUGUAAAUAUUAAGCAUUAUUAUUGAUAUAUUUGUGAAUAUUAAUGAGGUGGUCUGGGGAAAUCAUCACUUGGUUUCUGUUCAGUUAGGGGCUGUGGCAUUCAGUAAGGAAACGCCAUGACAUCAUCUUGACAUCAUCAUGACAUCAUGUGUAAAUACAGCGAACCAAAAAAAAAAAAAGAAAAAAGAAAAGAUGACUUCAUGUCCUGUAUAUUCCAGCAGUAACUGUAUCCGCCAUGUUUGAUGUGAUGUCAUAGCCGGGGGCAUCUGUGGUUGGUUGAUUUUUUUAUUACUGAUCUGUGCUGUGUUUGUUCUCUGUGAUCUGCAUG